AGUCUUUCACAAGUCCUUGAUGCAAAUCUUAUCCCGCUCAUAUUCCAUCCCAAAAUGGCGUCGCAAUCUGAUCAUAAAGCCACCAUUAUCGACGGCAAAGCCAUCGCUCAGACAAUCAGAUCUGAAAUCGCCGACGAGACCCGUCAUCUUUCCCAGAAAUACGGCAAGGUGCCAGGCCUGGCCGUGGUAAUUGUUGGGAAUAGGAAAGAUUCUCAAAGCUAUGUGAUAAUGAAGAGAAAAGCCUGUGCUGAAGUUGGGAUUAAAUCUUUUGAUGUUAAUCUCCCCGAGGAAAUACCCGAAUCCGAAUUAAUCAGCAAAGUUCACGAGCUAAAUGCAAAUCCUGAUGUACACGGCAUAUUGGUUCAGCUUCCCUUGCCAAAGCAUAUAAAUGAAGAGAAAGUUUUGGGUGAAAUCAGCCUUGAGAAGGAUGUAGAUGGUUUUCACCCUAUGAAUAUCGGCAAACUUGCGAUGAAAGGCCGAGAACCCCUUUUUCAGCCUUGUACACCCAAGGGGUGCCUUGAGCUGCUAUCUCGGAGUGGUGUAAGCAUAAAGGGAAAAAAUGCUGUUGUGGUGGGUCGAAGUAACAUUGUUGGAUUGCCCGUUUCUUUGUUGCUGCUCAAGGCUGAUGCAACUGUUAGCAUUGUUCAUUCACGUACCCCGGAUCCCGAAAGGCUUGUUCGUGAAGCUGACAUUGUUAUUGCUGCAGCAGGACAAGCUAGGAUGGUCAAAGGCAGUUGGAUCAAACCCGGUGCUGCAGUUAUCGAUGUUGGAACCAAUGCCGUUGAUGACCCAAGGAAGAAGUCCGGGUACAGGUUAGUGGGAGAUGUGGAUUUCGAAGAAGCGUCAAAGGUUGCCGGAUGGAUAACACCUGUUCCUGGUGGCGUUGGCCCAAUGACAGUCGCAAUGCUGCUCCGGAAUACUUUAGAUGGUGCGAAGCGUGUGAUCGAGAAAUGAGGUAUCUCAUGUCAUCAAUUGUUUACUUCAUAAUAAAACUUCCUUAAGUUUAGCCUCUGAGUUGCAUCUCUAACUUCAAAUG